ACAUUGAAAAGGGCCUGUUUACAGUUUACCUUCCUCUCCACGAGAUCGAGUCCCGAGCUUUAGUUCCGCGACUGCGUGAUAAUAGCCCCUGCGCUGCCCCCCCCCUCCUUUUCCACUUCACUUUUGCACUCUGUCAACAAUCAUCAUUACAUUUCCGUAUCACAAUCCAAUCCAAAACAGAGAGACUCUAUAUAGAUUUGUCAUACUUGACGAGAGCAAGAGCAAACUAGGAUGGUAAGGAGGAAGAAGAUGAAGCAGUGCUUCACCUUCUUCUUCUCUUCCUCUUGAAUUCAUGGCCUCUUCUCAGCACCGCUGCGUUUUCGUUGGGAAUAUUCCUUAUGAUGCCACUGAGGAACAGCUCAUAGAAAUCUGCCAGGAGGUUGGCCCUGUUGUAUCUUUUAGGUUAGUUAUUGAUAGAGAGACCGGGAAACCAAAAGGUUAUGGAUUUUGUGAGUACAAGGAUGAAGAGACAGCUUUAAGUGCUCGGCGUAAUCUUCAGGGCUACGAGAUCAAUGGCCGCCAAUUACGAGUUGAUUUUGCUGAAAAUGACAAAGGCACUGACAGGAAUCGUGAACAGGGUCGUGGUGGACCUGGAGUGACUGCAAAUGUUGACCCUCCAAAGCAAGUUGGAGGUGCAGCGGUUCAUGGUGAUUCUCUUCAUAAUCAGCCAAUUGGUCUCCAUAUAGCAAUAACUGCAGCAGCCGUCAUGGCAGGAGCUCUAGGUGGUCCUCAGGCUGUUUUGCAGUCAAAUCAAAAUGGUUUGCAGAAUCAGUCUGCAUUGGCCAAUGAUCCUUUGACACUUCAUCUAGCCAAAAUGUCUAGGAGUCAAUUGACUCAAAUUAUCUCGGAGGUCAAAGGAAUGGCUAUACAAAACAAGGAACUAGCUCAUAAGUUAUUUGUUGCAAGGCCACAGUUGCCAAAAGCUCUGUUUCAGGCACAAAUAAUGCUAGGGAUGGUGACCCCACAAAUGUUGCAGAUGGCAAAUAUCAGGCAAGCUUCAGGCCAGUCCUCACAGCCUCUAUUCAAUCAGGGCCAACAGGUUCCAUCACCUGCUGUUCAAAAUCUUGCUGAUCUAGCCCCUUCUGCUGAGAAUAGGUUGAUGCCUAAAAUGCAAGAUGGCCCAUUUUCUGCGGUGCCUCAAAAUUUAUUGGUUCACAGCCAGUUUUCUGCACCUCGACAACAAAACAUGCAGCCUCGAAUGCAGCUUUCACAACAUGCAAACCACAAUGUUUUGCAACAUGGCACACUGCUAGGGCAGGCUGGAAUUCCAACACUUCCUCCCAUGCACCCGCAGUCCUCAAGCGGUUUGUCCAUUCGGUCACAAACACAGGUUGCCAAUUCUUCCGUACUAAACCAGAAAAUGCAACCUCCUUUGUUACAACACCCUGGUCAGGUCGGGCCUUCACAUUUGGGCCAUAACACUCCAAUGGUUCAUCAAAAUGCUACCGUACAGCAGUCUCCUUUAUCUCGUCCUUUUUCCGAUGCCAUCUUUCAGCCUGGUCCCUCAAUAUCUAAGGGUGUCUUACAGUCGAUCAACAAGGAUGCUGAUAGAUCUUCUCGAGUGGUAGCUGAUUCUUCAGAAUCAGUUAAUCGCCCUUCAAAACUACUGAAGUUGGAUGAUGGAAGGAGCACCCCUUUGAUGACAGGGGGUCUCAAUGUGUCAAAUGCCAAUGAAUCUGCAUUGCCCAAUGUUUAUGGAGCGGGAUUGUUGCCUGGAAAGCCUGUUCACAAAUCAGAAGAUAUGUACUCUGAGAAACAAAUUUCUGAGCCUCAGAUUCCACCUGAGGUGGACUCUGCUUUACUGCAACAAGUUUUGAGCCUGCCACCUGAAAAAUUAAGCUUGUUGUCACCAGAGCAGCGACAAGAAGUCAUUAAGCUGCAGCAGAGAUUUCGGCGAGAACAGAUUCAGCCAUCUUAGCAGUUGGGGGUCAUGACCCGCUUAUUUAAUGCAGCAAUUUGUUACAGGUGGAGGCACUAACUUGCUUUCUACCACAAAUAGCAUAUUAUUCUUGUACCAAAGGAAGAAAAAAAAAAGCCUGCUAUUCAUUCAAUCAAUUUUGAUUGUUUGUAACAUUAAUUUCACAUAAGAGUCAGAUCAGAGAAUCUGCAGAGCAUGAGGAAUGUAGUGUAUACAAGCUCGUGUUAGUAUAGUUGGCAAAUUAGUUAGGAUAGGAAAUUUUGUUUAUUUGCUGUCAUAGCACUUGACAAGCUCAUGUAUGGCCUGAAGUACAGAUGAAAGAAAGACACACUUUGCUUCAUUAGCUGUGUUGUUGGUGUGGGCUUGUCCAGACUUGUUACAUUAUGUAUGUUUAGUUCCAUGUUCAGAAUAAUGUGGGAUUGUUAGGCUUCCCUAAUCUUCCUUGUAAUGUAUGAGACGUUUUUACCUGGCAAGCACUUCAUAGUCUGCAACAAUAAAUUUUAUUUCAGUAAUG